UCCUGAUCAAUUUACACAAUGCUGGCCAUUCGAGCAGUCUCCGCGCCGGUGCGACGCCAAUGCGUGCGCUCGGCUCCUCGCGCCGCGGCGAUUCUGUCCCUCCAGAACAAGAGAUCCUACUCUUCGAACAAGGUCGCCACAUUCCACGGAAAGAAGGACGCCAGCGGCAACUUUCCCGUCUCCCUGAUUGAGGGUGAUGGUAUUGGUCCCGAAAUAUCGCAGGCCGUCAAGGACAUCUUCGCUGCUGCCAAGACACCUAUCUCUUGGGAGCCUGUGGAUGUCACCCCCACCCUGAAGGACGGCAAGACCGUCAUCCUGCCCGAGACCAUUGAGAGUAUUCAACGCAACAAGGUUGCGCUGAAGGGUCCCCUUGCUACUCCAGUCGGCAAGGGCCACGUCUCCCUGAACCUGACUCUCCGCCGGACCUUCAACCUCUUCGCCAACCUGCGCCCCUGCCGCUCCGUUGCCGGCUACAAGACGCCCUGGGACGAUGUUGACAUUGUCCUGAUCCGUGAGAACACCGAGGGCGAAUACUCCGGCAUUGAGCAUGUCGUGGUGGAUGGUGUCGUCCAGAGCAUCAAGCUUAUCACCCGCGAGGCCAGCGAGCGCGUUCUGCGAUUCGCUUUCCAGCAGGCCGAGGAGAUUGGCCGCAAGAAGGUCCGCGUUGUCCACAAGGCCACCAUCAUGAAGAUGUCUGAUGGCCUCUUCCUGAAUGUCGCCCGCGAAGUUGCCAAGGACUUUCCCCACAUCGAGUUCGAUGCUGAGCUGCUUGACAACACCUGCUUGAAGAUGGUCACGGACCCGUUGCCAUACAAUGAUAAAGUUCUUGUCAUGCCCAACUUGUACGGUGACAUUUUGUCCGACAUGUGCGCCGGUCUGAUCGGUGGCUUGGGUCUGACUCCCUCGGGCAACAUCGGUGACGAGUGCUCCAUCUUUGAGGCUGUCCACGGUUCCGCUCCCGACAUCGCUGGCCAGGGCAAGGCCAACCCUACGGCUCUGUUGCUCUCUUCCAUCAUGAUGCUGCGACACAUGGGCCUGAACCAGUACGCCGACAGGAUCGAGAAGGCAACCUUUGAUACCCUGGCUGAAGGCAAGGUUCUGACGGGUGAUCUCGGAGGAUCGUCCAAGACUCACGAGUAUGCGGGCGCCAUCAUUUCCAAGUUGUAAAGGUGGAUCGUCGAAACUCAUGGGUAUGCGGGGGACAUCAUUUUGAAGUUUUCCGUAGACUGUACAACACGCGAAACGAAUUCAGCAUGAUUUGAAACCAAAGGUUCAGAGGGUCACUUGCAACUUGAAACUUCAGUCACUCGGAACGUGUCAACUCGUCA